GUAACGCACAAGUUACAGCAAAAGCAGAAAUUAUUUAUUUUUAUUUAUUUUAUUUUAUUUACACAUGGAAGCUCUUUUAUUUUUAUGUGAUCCGAUGUUUGCCUAGCACUUCUUUGUAAUAUUGUCAUUUAUAUUGACUUUCUUAAUUUGAUUUAUGUUGGUGGCUGCUACUGUUAAUGAUCGGGGCUACUUUUGGAAAUGCUUGUGUAAAUGGAGGCAAAAACUGACAUACAGUAGAAAUAAGGCAAAGACUUAUCUCAGUUCAGCUGAGCUUCUGGAGAUGGUUUCGACACAAUCAAUGGCUUUUCUUGAAAGUCCACCCCCCCCCCCAAAUUCCUAGUCUAUCUUAUGGCUCCUUCCGUUGAGAAACGUUACUCAUUUUCCGAGUCUAAGAGAGAUCCAUCCUUCAACUCAUUUACACCAAAGAAAUGCCACGCAUGCUCACUCGCGCCUCCAGACCAGAGCCUUAGAAGAGUAACCCACCUAGUCCCUCCACUCUUGGGGACAGGAGGCGGGGCGUCGACGGCGGGGAGGAACACGAGAAGGGGGCGUGGCUGGCUCAGCGAGCCCCGCCCACCCAGACCCGGGGAAACUCGAUUCAAGCGGGGAAGAAUGGUUGAAGAGAAGCGCGAGCUGAGUGGCGAGGGGGCGGCGGCGGGAGCGCCCGAGGAUGGAUCCGCCUGAGGUGUGGGACCCUUAUAGCCGGCCGGCCCGCCGAACCCAGUGGCUGGUGAGCGCCUUGGCUUACCACUACGGUCUGGAUCGCGGGGUAGAGAACGAGAUCAUCGUGCUGGCCACGGGCUUGGAUCAGUACCUGCAGGAGAUCUUCCACCACUUGGACUGCGAAGGCGAAGGCAAGAUCCCCGGCGAGGAUUUCCAGACCCUCUGCCUGGUGCUGGGGCUGCAAGACGGCGACGAAGCGGCCGCCGACCCGGAGGAAUGCGCUGGCCUCUGCGAGAACCUCUCGCCCGAGCUGACUUUCCGACAGUUCCAUGCCAAGCUGUGCGGCUAUUUCAGCACUAAGGCCGGCUGCAAGCUGCCGGACCAGGGCGUCCCGGGGGUGAACAGGCUACCUCUGGGCAAGGAGAGCGAGCACAUCGAGACCCAGAUUCGCCUCCGCAGCCCGCUCCGCCGGCGACGGGAGCAAGCUGUGGCGGGACGCAGGGCGGCGGGCAGCGGCUGCCCGCGGAGCGGCGGCGUUCGGUCGUGUUCUUCCUCGCCGCCCGGCUCGUGCUCCCGGGAAUGCUACGAAGAGAUCGUGGCGCUGGAGCAAGCGGAAGAUCGCAUCGUCAAGCUGGAAGACGAAAACGCCAGCCUGCGCGAAUUGGUGGAGGACAUGAGGGCGGCUUUGCAGAGCAGCGAUGCCCGGGGCUUGGCGCUCCAGGUGGGAUUGUGGAAGAGCCACGCACAGCAUAAGAAAAAUGGGACUUGCUUUAUUGGUAGCCGGAGACAACAGGCUAACAAUAGAUUUCAGACUUCCAAGUGCCUUCAGAGCGUUCUAAAAGAAGUUGAAUUAAUUCGAACUUCUAGAGAUGGACAAAUUGAAGAAGCGAUUAAGUUUAACCAAGAACUGGAAAAAGAACUAAGGAAUUCUCAUGAAGCCCUAAUAGCCCUGGAAGACUGCAACCACAGCUUAAAAAGAGAGCAGGCAGAAAUGAGGAAGAAAGUUGAAGAAGCAAGAUGUGUUAUCAUUAACAGCCUUGGAAAAGUAAAGGAACUAGAAACUAAAGCCCAUAAAGUGUCCCAACUGCAGCUAUAUAUCCAGCAUCUAGAAUCUCAGCUACAGUAUUAUAGAUCAGAGGUCUUAAAGUGCCCAGUUCCUUCACAAAGCAACUCAGAACAGAAGACAAAUAUACCGCUGGAAGGACAAGAUAGCUUAUUAUUUACAAAGCAAGAUAGACGGUCACCAACUGGUGGUGCAGGAGUAUUGGAAAAUGUGGAAGAUCAGAUGUUUCGUUCUGUGGAAGGCCAGGCUGCAUCUGAUGAAGAGGAAGAGAAAUGGAUAGGCGAUCAGCAAUCCCAAAUGGCUGAAGUAAAGAAACUCUUAGCUAGAUUUCCUUGUUGCAAUAGCGGAUGUGAUAACACAACACUGAAGCAGCUGCAGUCAUCCUUUGAAAAUCCCAGUAACUGUGGCCAUGAAAACUCCCUUGUGGAAUUAGUCCAACAACUCUCAAAAUUAAAAGAAGACUUUCAAAUGAAAGGGCAGGAAGAGAAAUCUCUGGAAACAAAUAUGGAAGAGGUAAAUUCAUUUUAUAGACUGUCCUUUCAGGAGGUAGAUUAUUUCCAAUUUGUGGGCUACUUAUCACAAGGGAUGCAUAUUUCAGAUUUUUUUUUUCUUAUCAGACCUCCUCCUAAAUUUCUCCAUCACCUCUUCUCUCCAGAGCUCCACAAAACCGUGGAAGAUCAGAUGUUUCGUUCUGUGGAAGGCCAGGCUGCAUCUGAUGAAGAGGAAGAGAAAUGGAUAGGCGAUCAGCAAUCCCAAAUGGCUGAAGUAAAGAAACUCUUAGCUAGAUUUCCUUGUUGCAAUAGCGGAUGUGAUAACACAACACUGAAGCAGCUGCAGUCAUCCUUUGAAAAUCCCAGUAACUGUGGCCAUGAAAACUCCCUUGUGGAAUUAGUCCAACAACUCUCAAAAUUAAAAGAAGACUUUCAAAUGAAAGGGCAGGAAGAGAAAUCUCUGGAAACAAAUAUGGAAGAGACAAAAAGUCCAUUGCUAGGGGAAAUACAACAGAAGGCGGAGGAAUCUGAGCUGAUGAAGAUGGAAUUCCAGAUGUUGGAGACAGAGAGAGUAAGGCUGUCACUGGUGGAAGAAAAGCUCUUGGAUGUUUUACAGCUGCUUCAGCAACUCCGGGAUCUGAACAUUUCUAAGCGCACCUUGGGGAAAAUCUUACUGAACACUUUGGAAUCAUGCUGUGACUCCCAACAUGGAAAACCACCUAUUGGUGAAGUCUUAGAUGCUCUCUACCAUGAACUGGCUGCCUGCAAAGUCACCGGAAGCAAGUCUCUUGAGAAAACACCAGGACACCAGUCUUUGUCCAGCUCUUUGGUUAUCUCCUGUUGAGCAAUAAUGCCUCUAUUGUUGUUGCUGUUGCUGUUUUUCCGAUUAUCACCAUGGGUUAAAAGUUGCAAUGAAAAAACAUGGAGGGUUCUGCCAUCUAUGUAAUGGUCCAAUGCAAGAGAUGGAAUGAUAAAAUAAAUGGCAUAAAGAGAUAGGCAAAUGGAACAGAAAGUCCAGAAUUAUUUAUAAGGACUGGCAACAGGUCUUGAAUAGAUUUUGAAGGAUGGAUCUCUCAUCCUUUCUUAUGGGUCUUAAUACAAUUAGAUAUAUGAUUUGAGAUUUGAGAACUAUGCAAGUACAACAUACAUCUGAAACCUGAAAUUAUGUUCAAUAUUUCCAAAGUCCCCAAAACUGUCAUUUAAUGUACAAAUAAAUUUUAUCCAAUAUUUACUUCACAUGGCAUUAAAUGGCAUCUAAAAUCUCUAUUUUACCAGUAUCAUUCAUACACUACAAGUUAGUCCAUACUUUAAUGACCUUAAUUCAGACCUAUCAUUUCUAUCACUGAGCAAAAAUUCACAUAAACAAUCUGCUUAUGGUUAUUAAGCAAAUGGUUAUUGAGUGAGAUAUUAUCUGAAUGUGACUUUUGACUUCCUGCCGGCUUCCCCGUUGGCUUUGUUUGUUAAAGCCAGCUGGAAGGUAGCAAAUGGCAAUCACAUGACUUUAUGUAUGCUGAAAUAGUUACACGUUCAAGAACCAGUCAUAAGUCAAUUUUUCAGCACUGUCAUAAGUGCCAACAGUUGCUAAACAAAAUAGUUGUUAAGCAAGGACUAGCUAUAAUUUAUCACGCGCAAAAUAAUGCAGUACUCUUAUUACCCUGUAAAACUUUACUUUUCUGAAUAUAGCAGAGAAGAUUAAUUUGCAUUUUAGAUAGUCCAAUACAUUUCUUUGCCUUUUCUUGAGCAUUUCCUUGGUAACUCAAUACUAGGCAUGAAGAAAAUAAAAUUAAAAAGUACCUAGAAGGAUUAUAUAUUAAAGGAGGAAUAAAGCUGACCUGAAGUCUACAAGAAUUAUUGUAGGCUAUCAGAUCUGAACUGCAACUGUCAUCAUUUCAAGUAAUGCAUCCAUCGAAAGUAGGACUCUGAGGCAAGUAGAUUCCCCAAAGAACAAUUUAUUGGAUACAUCAUAUUGGCACCAAUACGGUGAAAACCAACUCCAAAAGUUCCCAUGGUUUUCACCUAAUUAAAAAGUGAAAGAUCCCCCUUUCCCCUCAAGCAUCAGUCACAUUGUCCAAUAAAGGUGCUGGCCGACUGCUUGGUUACUCCACUCCUCCUCUCCCCAGCCACCUGUUUAAAUCUCCUUGGUUCCCACAGGAAUAUUUUUUUUUACUACAAAACCACAGCUAUCUAUUUUGCCCCCUCCCUGUCCCUUCUUCUGCCUCGUGGCAACGCUGAAGCUGUAAAGAUGGCCUCAGCCAGGUUCGCUUUAGGGUUGACAGCAACAUUUAGACAAUGGCACCAAAAAGAUUACAUAUCUACAGUAAUUUUAGCACUUCGUUUUUUAAUGGAAUCCUAACAACUUUCCACUGGAGUUAGCUGCAAAAUGCGAUCAGGAAAACAAGGAACAGAUUACUUUGGGAGACGGUGUAAAAGAAGCAGAUUGUAAUUCUUUCACACACAAAAAUCUACUCUUUGUUUUGUUUUCCAUUUGGAUUGAGAGCUACCUUAGUUAUGAUAUGAAGAGAGAAAUGCUGUUUAUCUACCACAAACCAUUUGCCUCCAUCUCUACCAGUACCUCCUGAUCUUCCAUCUGUCCAUUCUUGCCUUUCAGCAAUCUGUAAAAUAGUUACAGGUUGUUACCACUGCAUGUACUUGGAGGAACUGUGUGUGUGUUAAAAAUAAUCUGGCUGAAUGUAUGGCUACUUGUAAACAUAGUUUGUUUGAUUCUAUCAUUAUAUCUGCAUUUUGUUUUACUGGAAAUUUACAAAUGUAGUAUAUUUUGUUACGACCUUUUAACUAUUAUCUUCAACCCUAGUAAAAUGUAAGUGGUUAUAUUAAAAGUCACCUUGAUUCUUUUAAAAUAGUGCCAGUACAGCAAAAAAAUCUGUACUGGGGUGGUGGGUAGAGAGAGAAGUAAUAGGAGCCAGAUAGAAUCACAGGAAGUCUCUGAUUAUAUAUUUGAGGGUAUAUAAAGUACUUGGAUUAUUUAAAUUGUAUUUCUUCCCAUUAUGAAUCUAAAGAGCUGCAGUGGCGCAGUGGUUAGAGUGCAGUACUGCAGGCUACUUCUGCUGACUGCUGGCUGCCUUCAAUUUGGCAGUUCAAAUCUACCUGGCUCCAGGUUGACUCAGCCUUCCAUCUUUCCGAGGUGGGUAAAAUGAGGACCCAGAUUAUUGGGGGCAAUAUGCUGACUCUGUAAACUGCUUAGAGAGGUGUUGUGCCUUGCCCGCCCUCCUCUCCUCAGCCGGGCCCCUCCCAUCUCCUGCUAUCUGAGUCAGAGUCUGAUAAUGAAGAGAAACGGCCUGGCAUACCUCCAGCCCCCAGCCCUGGCACCAUGCCCGGACAGAAUGUCAGGAAUGAGCAAACAAACCUCCCUCCUACAGCGUGUGAGCACAAAGCCAGCCACGUGCUAGAAUUGCCGGCAGCAGAUUAGGAGGACGGAAAGUCACAGUGGACGGAUCCCCGCUUCCGGAGAAUGGAGAGGCGACGUCAGCAAAAGGAAGGGAGGGGCAGGCCUGGAUAAGUGCUGAGUCAUGGAGCCACACCCCAUGGCCUAUAUAAAGGAUCUGCUUUUUGGCAUUCCUUGAGUCAAGCAAAGUCUCAUCUGGUUUGCUGAAGUCACAUCUUGGAUUCCUGCCUGCCCUGAGAACUCUGACAGAAAUUUGGCAAAGCUGCAGAGGCUUCGUGGCCACGCUUGAUACAGACUUCCCAGACCCGGCCAUCGGAGGGGGAGCGGGACAUGACGAGGGCUGUGAAGCAGUAUAUAAGUCUAUGCUUUUGCUAUUAUCUACUUUUAUAAAGUAGCCUGGGCUAUGUCCUGCCCUAACUUUUCAGUCAGCUCAGAGCAGACACUAGCUCUAAGUCAAGUCAUUCUUCCCUGUGCAGUUUCAUUGAUUUUUCAAGGAUUCUAGAUAUUAAUCAAGAUGCCAUCAGCUGCCUCCUGAUUUUUUUAGUUCAUAAGAAAUCUACUUUAAAGAAUUUCUGCUGCAGAGGUUCAGAUGAUUGGUGGCAAUAAGAUGUAGGAGAGAGGCCAGUGAACCUGGUGCAUGCUUCCCUUGGCCUGUUAAAUAGUCAGAAUUUAUGAAACUGGCUUAUCUCCAAAACAUAUGACAGAUGACUCAAUUCACCAUUCAUAACUGAAUGUUUAGAGUAUCUCAGUAUGAAACUAUUGAUUUGAUUGGAAGAUCAUGUUGCCCCAUAUCUGAACCAUGAUACUAACUUGGCUGAGUUUGGUCGGGUAUACUGUGCUUAGUACAGUUCAGUACUAAGUAUAGUACUUAGUACAGUAAUGAGCCACGGUGGCACAGUGGUUAGAGUGCAGUACUGCAGGCUACUUCUGCUGAUCACCGGCUGCCAGCAGUUUGGCAAAUCGAAUCUCACCAGGCUCAAAGUUGACUCAGCCUUCCAUCCUUCCGAGGUGGGUAAAAUAAGGACCAAGAUUGUUAGGGGCAAUAUGCUGACUCUGUAAACUACUUAGAGAGGACUGUAAAGCACUAUGAAGCGGUAUAUAAGUAUAAGUGCUAUUGCUAUUAGACAACUUUCUGUGGCUGAGUCACACAAUCGCACAAUUCAACCCAACCUUACGGUUUAGCACUCCUUGACUUUUUUCCCCCUCUUCCAGAUACCCCUGGCAAUCAUUGGAUAAUGAUGUGACCUAUAAGACAUGUUCCAGAUAUAUAUUUUCCAUCUCCCUUCUCUUCUUUAUUUUUAUUCUGUAUAUUUUAACCAUCUUCCUUCAUGACUUGUUUCUGGAAAUUCCAUUGUGUGCCACAAUUUAUAAGCUUUCAGAUAGACUAAUAAAGAUGUUCUCUCAGUAUGGGUUUUGAUGUUUUUCUCAUGGCCAACAUAACUA